UCUCGCGCGGCCGGGGCGGGGCCCGGGGCCGGGCCGGCAACAUGGCGGAGGCGGAGGGGGAGAGUCUGGAGUCGUGGCUGAAUAAAGCCACUAACCCAUCUAACAGGCAGGAGGACUGGGAAUACAUCAUUGGAUUCUGUGACCAGAUCAACAAAGAACUUGAAGGGCCACAGAUAGCUGUGAGACUCCUGGCUCAUAAAAUCCAGUCACCACAGGAAUGGGAGGCAGUCCAAGCCUUGACAGUGCUGGAAGCUUGCAUGAAGAAUUGUGGAAGAAGAUUUCAUAAUGAAGUAGGGAAGUUUCGCUUUUUAAACGAGUUAAUCAAAGUUGUGUCUCCAAAGUACCUGGGAGACCGAGUCUCAGAGAAGGUGAAGUCCAAAGUCAUUGAGUUGCUGUACAGCUGGACAGUGGCACUGCCAGAGGAAUCCAAAAUCAAGGAUGCCUACUACAUGCUGAAGAGACAAGGGAUUGUUAUGUUUGAUCCUGUGAUUCCUGCAGACAGAACCCUGAUUCCUUCUCCACCACCCCGUCCCAAAAACCCUGUGUUUGAUGAUGAGGAGAAAUCCAAGCUCCUAGCCAAGCUGCUGAAAAGCAAAAACCCAGAUGAUUUACAGGAGGCCAACAAACUCAUAAAAUCCAUGGUAAAAGAGGAUGAGGCCCGGAUCCAGAAGGUGACAAAACGAAUGCACACGCUGGAGGAGGUGAACAACAACGUCAAGCUGCUGAAUGAGAUGUUGGUUCAUUACAGCAAAGAGGACUCAUCAGAGGCUGAUAGGGAGCUCAUGAAGGAGCUGUAUGAACGGUGUGAAACCAAGAGACGGACCUUGUUCAAGCUGGCCAGUGAGACUGAGGAUAAUGACAGCAGUUUGGGGGAUAUUCUGCAGGCCAGUGACAACUUAUCCCGUGUGAUAAAUUCCUAUAAGAAGAUCAUCGAAGGGCAGGUGAUCAAUGGUGAGGUGGAGCUCCCUGUGAUGCCUGCAGUGGAAGGGAGUAACUCCACAAGUAACCUCAACACCCUCAUUGACCUUGCUGGACUGGACGUCACCAGCACCCCGCCACCUCCAGUGCCACCCAGCACCCUGGCAGCAGCCCCCACAGCAGCCCCAGCCCCAGCUGAGAUCCCCAUUCUCCCGCCUCCUCCCCAGGCCUUCCGGAGCAGCUCCUCCAGCCAGGUGGAAGCCGCCCCGGCUCCGCACAGCAGCACCGCUAACUCCCUCUCCCUGCUGGAUGAGGAGCUUCUCUGCUUAGGUCUGAACGACCCAGCCCCUGCAGCAGCGAAGGAGACAUCAGAAAACAAUCAGUGGAGCAUGUUUGAGAACGACCAGCUGGACCUGGACUUCUUUAACCCAAAGAUGGGGACUGCUUGCAACCCUGCAGGGAACCCACUGCUCCAUCACGCACCACAAACCACGUCUGGAACAUCAGUGACGCUGCCCUCAGCUUUCACAGCCUCUCAGACUGCUCCCAGCAUCCCAGCACCAAACUCGGCACCAUUUGUAUUCUCUGCUGGGCCAGCUGCCCCUGCUGGGCCUCCUAAGACUAUUCCAGCUGCUCCUGGGUACUUCAGCUCAUCUGUAGGGAGCAAUACAUCACAGAAGAUGGAUGCAUUGGGACAACUCCUUGAAGAAGCCAAAGGGACUGUCACCCAGGGCAUGGCAACACCCUCAGGGUACCCUGGGGUUACUUUGCCAACCGCCGCCACCUCCGCCCCGUUGAUAGCACCCGCAGGGCUGCCAGCCACUGCCCCAGGAGCCCCUCCAGUUCCUUUCCCAAGCAGCUGCACUGCUGGCACAGGAAGUCCUCUCUUCCAGCCAGCAUCAUUCCAGCAGCAAGGCAGCCCCAUGAAAGCAGCUGAGAUUUCCUUGGCCAAUGUCCACGUUCCCCUGGAGUCCAUCAAACCCAGCAGUGCCCUCCCGGUGACAGCCUACGACAAGAACGGCUUCCGGAUCCUGCUGCACUUCGCCAGGGAGUGCCCCCCGGGGAGGUCGGACGUGCUGGUGGUGGUGGUCUCCAUGCUGAACACAGCACCACUCCCUGUGAAGAACAUUGUGCUGCAGGCUGCUGUGCCCAAGUCCAUGAAAGUGAAGUUACAGCCACCCUCUGGCACAGAGCUGUCUCCAUUCAAUCCCAUCCAGCCUCCUGCUGCCAUCACCCAGGUCAUGCUUCUGGCAAACCCUGCGAAGGAGAAGGUGAGGCUGAGAUACAGAUUGACCUUCACACUGGGAGACCAGCCCAGCACAGAGGUUGGAGAAGUGGAUCAGUUUCCCCCGGUAGAGCAGUGGGGGAACCUAUGACCUUAGGACACUGCCAGAGACUCUGUGACAGGACCAGGAGAGGAUCCCACAGGACUGGAAGGAAUGUGCCGUGGGGAGGGACACACAUGCUAUCCACUGGUGAUGUUCAGCUUUGUUUACAUGUCCUGACCACUCUGCUUGUAGCUUUAGUCCAGAAUGUUUUGCCCCACGUUGAAGGGGUCCUGGAACAUUUCUGCCAAGCGUGAACUGAGUGGCAGCCAGUAACAGGCAGUGCUGGCUGCUUUUAUCUUGCCCUCUGGGUGAAUCUGGUUCUAUCUUCCACUCUAUUUAAACUUGAAGUUACUGUGUUUUGAAGGGAGACCAGUCAGCAGGAGGGGAUUUAGUUGGCUUGUUCCUGUGCUGCUGUCCAGAGAUACCUACAGGCUGGUGGGGUGAUGAUGCCACCAUGAGCUUCCUCAGUGCAGAGCCCUUACAUGUGCCCUCCCUUGGACUUUACCUCCUCAGUGCUGGACCCACUAAGCAUGUUGAGCAGUAAUGCUGGCUCUGUGAGGGGAUGCUUGUUUGUCACACUGAAGUGGCACUUAGCUCCCUGCCUCCUUCCCAAGGCUCAGUGUCAGCUGAGCCUGGCUGCUUGUUGUGCCACACUGCUCUGUCUGCAGUUCUCUUUGUUUUACAUUGUCCCUCUCCUAUCUGUUUUGGGCAGCAGGGGCUGAGCUCCAUUUUAAGGGUUCCACUGGUUAGUUUUCUGCUUUUGUUGCGUUCCAUCGUGUGGGGGAAGGAGGAAAUGAAAUGUGUAGUGAGGAGGUAAAGAGGGCUGGAGAGGAGUGGUCAGUAUUGGUGGAGGACAGCACCUGGAGUGCAGAAAUGUCUUUGCAAUCACUAGUGAGGUGUAGUGACUGAAUCCAGGGACAGGAGAGGUGUCUCUCACAUCCCCUCAUGCAGGCAGUAUUAUUAUUGUAGUAGAAUAAAGUGUUUUAUUGAGAGGAGUGCAAUGACACACAAGAUGUAAAUAAUAGAGCUAUAGGAUACCUAAAUAAGAACAAGCAGACAGUGAAAGGAAAGAAGGCUCUGCUGGGCUCUGACAAUGCAUGUGCUGGGUCUAAUGCCCUCUUUUAUUUGUUCCCUGUAUUAAGUGGCUAAGUGCAAUUGUCUCCACAAAGGAGAAAGCAGUUUGGCUGGACAUCAGUGUUCUGCACAAUCAGGGGCAGAAGAGCUGACCCCUCCAGCUCCAGUCUCACAGAAACGAGGUUUAAAUCACCAGAGCUUGAUUCCAGCAGCCUCUUCCUUCUUCCUCUUGAAUUCCAACCUGAAGGAGUGCCUCAGAUGGGCUUUGGGACAGGCUGGUUUGAAUUAUCAGGGGUUUUAUCAUCCAUUGACUGAAGCACAGGCAGGGUGGGCCCUUGGACUCUGAGCUCAGCGUUUCUAGCAGUGCUGUGAAGCAACAGCUCUCACCAAGCUGUGGGUGGGAGCAGUCAGCUCAAGCACUGAGAGACUCGGUACAGGAGAGCCCUGCCUGUUGUAGGAGAACUCCAGAGGAGAACCUGCUGCUGGAAUUAACGUUGGCUGAUAAAGCCAUCACUGCAAACACAGCUUGGAGUUACUUGUAGUUGAAUUUUCCUUACUGUGUUGCAAAGUAAAAACCAGUAGAGGUGAACUCAACAGGUUCAAAGGCCUGAGGUCCUAAAUGGAAGCACCAGGUAGUUGUAGAAGCACUGAAGAUGGGAUCAAAGCUUGGCCAGGGAGCUUCCUGUAAUCUCUUGGUCUGAAGCUCACGAAGGCCCCAGCCUUGUAGAUGUGGAAUGCAGGUGAGAGGGA